AUGGAGCUCCCCCUGGCCCAGAUGAGCCCCCAAGGAAGUCACAAAACCCCCACUCCAACCUUCACCACCUUCCAGCCCUUGGACUUGACUCGAAAAAGCUGCCAGGGCUUGCUUAAGGAGACCAGACUCCGGGCCCCGCAGGCUGAAGAGGCCCCGUUCAGCCCCAGAGCCCCAGAUGUCCACGCUGCGGCAUCUCCCCAGGCCCUGGGGGCCGCCUCCAGUCCAGAGGACCCUGGAGAGGCUGAGGAGGUGCCUAAGGAGGGAGGCCAGUCCCUGCAGGCCGAGACCCGGGCUUGGUUCCAGAAGACCCAGGCCCAUGGGCUCCUGCAGCACGGGGCCGCCCCUCCUUGGUUCCAUGGCUUCAUCACUCGGAGAGAGGCCGAAAGGCUGCUGGAGACCCAGCCGCAGGGCUGCUACUUGGUGCGCUUCAGCGAGAGCGCGGUGACCUUUGUGCUGACCUACAGGAGCCGGACUUGCUGCCGCCACUUCCUGCUGGCCCAGCUCCGGGACGGCCGCCACGUGGUGCUGGGCGAGGACAGCGCCCACGCGCGGCUGCAGGACCUGCUGCGGCACUACUCGGGGUCCCCGCUCAGCCCCUACGGGGAGACGCUCAGCCAGCCCCUCGCCCGCCAGACCCCUGAGCCAGCAGGACUUUCCCUAAGGACUGAAGAAUCAGACGCUGGGAGCAAAAGCCAGGACCCACACCCCCAGUAUAGCCCAGUCUUCAAAAAGGAGAAGCCCAGAGCCCUCACCCAGAAAGAGGGGGGCAGCGAGCCAAAGGAGCCCUCCCAGCCGCCGAGACCCAAGCCUCCGGUCCCCGCCAAACCUCUGCUGUCCUCCGAAGCCUACACGAGCCCAGCGCCAAGACCCUGCCGGGCCCUGCCCUCCAAGCCCUCCAACCCCAUCUACAACGAGCCUGAUGAGCCCAUCGCCUUCUAUGCCAUGGGCCGGGGCAGCCCCGGGGAAGCCCCCAGCAACAUCUAUGCCGAGGUGGAGGUGGAGGUGGGGGUGCCGUCCGGGGGUGAGGGCCCGCCGUGCAUCCUCUGGCACUCGGUCCUCCGGAAGUGCCGGUCCAGGCCUGUCCCAGGAAGCCAGAAUCCAGGUGGCCAGCAACUGCAUUCUGAGAACUCUGCAGCUGGACAAGGCCCUCCCGUGCCCCGCCAGUCCCUGCCUCUCUGGGGACACAGCCUCCCUCACAACCUAGACAAGUUUCAGGACAGAGGAAAGACGUGGCUCUCCCUAGGGCCUCCUCAGUAGCCAGUGUCUGAGCUGCGGGAGGCUAACCCGGAACAUCAGGUCCAGAGAACUUCACACACACCCCGGUGUCCCUCUAAGGAAAUGUGGAUGGCACAAGGUGAUUGAUCAACGCUGGAAAGGACCUCAGCUGUCAUCUAUUGCAAAGAUGGCAAAACUGUGUCACCUCGUAUCCCAACUCCAAUCCAUUGGUCCUUGGCUGCCUAAGGCUCUAAGGCGCUGCCUAGGACAGGAUGUUAAGGUCAUAUCUGAACUCAGCAGAAAAGAGCACCGUGAUUGAUUAGUGAUGUCUGCUGUGGGUGAGGGAAGGAAGAGGAGCAGCAUCCUUUUUUGCCCUUAUUGAUCAAGUCCAACUCCCUUGCUGUGCAGAUAAGGAAACAAAGCCAGUGGGAUAGUGACUUGGCUGAGGUCAAGGACUAGGACCCAGGCCUCCUAAGUCCCUGGUUUAGUGCUAUGUUCCUGACCCCACACCCACUGUCUUCACAGGAAACGUCAGACAUGUCCUUAGCUAGGAAAUCUGGUGGCUUUCCUGGGUUCCACCGCACUGGGUCCUGGGUGCUGGUUCCCUUCCUCCAGAUCCCAGCGUAGCCCCGUCACCCUGACAGGCCUGGGCCUCCCACAAGGAAGCCCGGAGGUCAGAGGAGCAAAUGGGGAACCCCCUUCCUCUUCGGGACACACUCACCGGCUCCCUCCCAGGGUCCUCAGUGGUUGGUGCUCCUCUGAGGAUGUGGGCGAGGAGGGCCUGCUGCCUCCCGCUGGCCUGGCCUCUCCUCGUGGAGUCUGAUUUCCUUGGUCCUCUGAGCCUUUGGGUCUGGGCCCUGGUCCAACGCUGCUGCUUU